AUCCGAGGUAUCACUUACAUUCUACAGGAGCCGACAUGGGUCUAAUCUUGCUCCGUUGUUGUCCUCCUGUACCUACCACAAACGCCCUUCCGCGGGUGCAAGGUGGUACCCGACUGCUGCUUUAAACAGCAGCACUGACAUGGAAACCCCAUUGCAGUUGCAGAACGAUUUCUUUCAAGAGCAGCAGUUCCAGCAUCACUGUAAGUACCAGCACUACUGCGGACGAGAGGAACGGUUCACUAAGCAGCGCCGUCAAUGCUGCACCUGCAAUAACUGUACCUUUGAUGCAAGGAAAAGCCUCGUUUUUCGUGGGACGUCGCCGACCACUCAAGGAACUUUAAGGACACCAUCUGUAACGUCUUCAAGACAAGGUUGUCAGUUUAGCGUUGGUGAGUUCACGCCCUCCAGUCAUGGUAGUUCAUCCAGACAUCAUCACCAUCAGCAGUGCCACAAUCCGCAGCGGGGCAGCCCGCGCAGCAGCCACAAAGAGAGUAACUCGUAUAACGAAAUAGCCAUGAGCAGCUGCAGAUACAACGGCGGCGUAAUGCGGCCGCUGAGCAACUUGAGCUCGUCCCGCAGAAACCUACAUGAGUUUGAUUCAGAGUCCCAGCCUUUACAACCAAUCUCCACCGCCGACGCUUCGGACAACCUAGCUUCUAAACCGGAGAACAAUUCAACCACCCUGAUGCCGUAUGCAUCGGGAGACGGAGGGGGUGGAUGUAACAACAGUGGCAGUAAAUCGGGUAAAAAGAAGAACCAGAACAUUGGGGAAAAGCUUGGACACAGAAGGGCCUUGUUUGAGAAAAGGAAGCGUCUCAGUGACUAUGCUUUGAUCUUUGGGAUGUUUGGGAUCGUUGUUAUGGUUAUAGAGACUGAACUCUCAUGGGGAGCCUAUGGAAAGGAGUCCUUGUAUUCAUUAGCUCUAAAAUGCCUGAUAAGCCUUUCUACAAUCAUACUUCUUGGUCUGAUUAUCAUAUACCACGCAAGAGAGAUCCAGUUAUUCAUGGUAGACAAUGCAGCGGACGACUGGAGGAUAGCCAUGACCUACGAGCGCAUCUUCUUCAUCUGCCUGGAGAUCCUGGUGUGCGCCAUCCACCCCAUCCCGGGGAACUACACCUUCACGUGGACGGCGCGCCUGGCCUUCUCCUACACGCCGUCCAAGACCGAGGCGGACGUGGACAUCAUCCUGUCCAUCCCCAUGUUCCUGCGGCUGUACCUCAUCGCCCGCGUCAUGCUCCUCCACAGCAAGCUGUUCACGGACGCCUCCUCGCGCAGCAUCGGGGCGCUCAACAAGAUCAACUUCAACACGCGCUUCGUCAUGAAGACCCUGAUGACCAUCUGCCCCGGCACCGUGCUGCUGGUCUUCACCAUCUCGCUGUGGAUCAUCGCCGCCUGGACUGUGAGGGCCUGUGAGAGAUACCAUGACAACAUGGACGUAACCAGCAACUUUCUAGGGGCCAUGUGGUUGAUCUCCAUCACCUUUCUGACCAUUGGAUAUGGAGACUUGGUCCCCCACACCUACUGUGGAAAAGGAGUCUGCCUCCUGACUGGGAUUAUGGGGGCAGGCUGCACAGCCUUGGUGGUGGCUGUAGUUGCAAAGAAACUGGAGUUAACCAAAGCUGAAAAACAUGUUCAUAAUUUUAUGAUGGACACCCAGCUAACAAAAAGAGUGAAAAACACAGCUGCAAAUGUACUCAGGGAGACGUGGCUCAUCUAUAAGAACACCAAACUGGUGAGGAAGAUGGACCACGCCAGAGUCAGGAAGCACCAGAGAAAAUUCCUCCAAGCCAUUCAUCAAGCUCGAAAAUACAUUUAUUGGGUUCUGAAUGGUCUUCUGUUCAGAUUGAGAAGUGUUAAAAUGGAGCAACGCAAGCUGAAUGACCAAGCAAACUCACUAGUGGACCUUGCAAAGACUCAGAACAUCAUGUAUGACCUGAUCUCGGACCUGAAUGAGAGAGGGGAGGACAUGGAGAAAAGGAUCGCCCUGUUGGAGACCAAGCUGGAGACUCUGCUGGGGAACCUGCAGGCCCUGCCCGGACUCAUCAGCCAGGUGAUCAGCCAGCAGCACAGGGACUUCCUGGAGGUACAGCUCCAGCCGUACGACAAACACAGCCCUGAGCGUUCACAGUCUGUUUCCAGGCGGAGGUCGUCUUCCACUGCCCCGCCCACCUCCUCGGAGAGCAGUUAGAGUCCAAAGGGAACACCUACGGAGAAGAUGUCGGCCAUCAUAUGGCCACGUUGCAUUUAUUGUAAAGCCUUAUGGUUUCAAUAAGUAUUAUCCACAUUCUGAUGACAGAAUCCGAGGUACCGGGAUAAUGGAUUUUAAAGAGAAGUUGUUUGUUUUUUAUUAUCUCAGUAGAAGUUGUUAUCCUUGCUCUGGUGACAUGACCAUAGAAAUGAUGCAUUCUUCAGUAAAAAAACAAAACAAAAAAAAACGAUUAGGCCUAUCGAUGGGGGCUGUGAUCAGAACUAUACUCCAUCUCUAUGCAGAGGUAGCCAGUUUUAGGACACCAUGGUUACUGGCCGAGUGGGAAGAUAGUGCACUAAAAUAGUGCUUCUUCUCACGGACUUUGUGCUUCCACUGGCUUGAUUCAGACGCCGAGUUCCUUAAAGCAAACUGAGAAAUCGUGAGACCUGUCAAUCAGCAAGUAUUACAGUACUACUUUUUAUUGAGGAUUAAGUGCUAUAUUUCAUGGACAUGACUGAACUGAAGACCGGGGGUAGCACAAGAAUGCACCAACAUACUGUCACUCAGAAGUACCAUAUAGAGCUUGAAAUAUUAAAAGAAUAUAUAUAUCUUUUAGGUUAGAAACAGCAUCAACUAUAAAGUUUUUUCUUUUGCAGCGUGCCCCUUUAAAAUUACUAUUUUUGGGGCCAAACUGUAAACAAUUUAAUCCUCUAAUCAAAAUGAAUGCAUCUAAACCUGUACUUGCACUUACUUUAAUGCACUUCAAUGCUGACUGACGUAUGAUAUAAAUUUGUGUUACGCAUUAAAAUAACAAUGUAGAUGUUUGGGGCAUGGAUUUAUGUUCAAUGCUCUAUUAAUAAAUUGUGAAUUAGUGAGUGACUAAAGUCAAAGCACUCAUGCUGUGUAAAACAAAGGGACCUCAAUUUCAAACUGCUAGGCUAUGGAAAUUAAUACUCUUAAUAAUCACAAACAGUUUUUUUUCCCCUCAACAUACUGUAACUCAACCCUUGUUCUGGAGGCACUUAGUAAUUAUGUAUGCUGGUGUUUGUCUCAGCUGAGCAACAAUAGUUUGAUGCAGUUCAAACCAAUAACUCACGAGAACUGUAGCUCACUUUUAAAAUCAAAUAUUUUUAUAUUUUCAUGAGGAUAAGCACACAUCUGCACACCUCUUACCGCAUAUGUCUUUCAAACUAUAUUUACAAGCAAAUACUGAUGGAGGUAUAUUAACAGAGCAAAUAAUCCAACAUAUUGCCUUGGUUGAGAUGAAAUCCAGCAUAUUCCACACAUAUCUUCCAUUAAACCUCCAGGACCAGUGUUAAAUUUUUAUGUUGAGGAGUCCCCCUGCUACUUCUGGUAUAGCAAUGUAUUGUAUUAGAGGGCUGGGCCUGAUAAUUAACCACACACUUAAUAUGAGUGGUGGUUAUCAGAAUGAGAAGUUAACUGCAAAAAAAUAAUCUCUGACACAUAAUUAUUAAAAUAUUUUGUGGGCUCAUGAUUGUAGCAUUUUUAUCAACAAAGCCUUUUUACUUUAUUUUUAAGAGCAAUACUUUGGCCACCGGCCAUUCAUGAAGGGAAACAAAGGUAGCCUUUAACCAUUUACAUUUAUGCACCCUCCCUCUGCAAGGUUUUCAGAAGUUAGAUUAGUGUGCCAUAUACAUGUGAUGGACACUUCUAACCAAAAGCUCAAUCCCAUCUACAGUGUUGAAUGUACUGUUAUUGGUUUUAGAGCUUUAAAACAUUGGCAGUCGAUCCAGAAAUGUUGGCAACAUAGAAACAUUUGAGAGAUGAUGUACUGUAUGCGAACAGAAUAUUAAACAAUAAAAAACUACUAUUUACUAAA